AUGCAAAAUUUCCCUUCUAACUUAACUUGGAUCCCUGUUGCUAAUUGCUCGUGUCCUAUAGCUGAAAAUAAUUGCUAUAGGCCAGAGCUUUACAGCAAACCCAUAAUUUGCGCGCAUAAUUCCAUCCCCAAUAUUUUAAAUUUUCUUCAACAACCUGGGGAAUUUAAUUGUUCUUUUUAUUUUGUGUAUUUUAUUUUGUUUGCCAUUUUGGGGCUCCAGUUAUGUUUGUUUGGUUCCUGGCUUGUGGAACGUUAUCAUAAUGGACGCAGAAUGGAGCAACAACAAAAACGUCGUCGCGAGGAACGAAUUUUUGCUCCGGAUCUUCGAGUUCACACCCGAAGAGUCCGUCAACCAAUCAAGAAAGAGGACAUUGGUCCUCCACUCCCUCUUCAUUGCCUUGUAACAAAGCAACGAGUGGAUGUCCAUGAAAUUGAAAUGGAUACGAUGGGAGGAAAAGAAAAUUUAAAGAAAAAUGAAAAUAUAGAAGUUGAAAAUAAAAAAGUGAAAAAAGUUUAA